AUGAACCACACUCACAUCAAAGCUGCGAAGAAGGCAGCCCAAUUCACCAUGGAGAAGCCAGACUCGCACCUGGGCAGCGACAGGUGCACUAACAAGCACAUUUGUGAGAGCUCCGUUGUUCCCAGCAAGAAGCGGUGUCAGUUAGCAAAGGACUGUGUUGUUACAGGCUAUGUUGAGAUGACUAUUUAUGGAUGCCCUCGUCUCUUCAAGCAGAUGUUUGUUGAGUCUCUGGAUAGUAACCCCCGUCUUUCUUUCGGAGUUCUCACCCCUGUGUGGGAGGAGCCGUUGGCCUUGCUGCAGAGGAAGGCGCAGCAUCAUGAAUUACCCAACACGACUGAUUUAGCUUUUGAAUCAAACCCUUCUGACCAUCCACGGGCAAGCACAAUUUUCCUGAGCAAAUCUCAGACGGAUGUGCGAGAAAAGAGGAAGAGCAACCAUUUAAACCAUGUAUCUCCAGGGCAGCUUACUAAAAAGUAUAGCUCAUGCUCAACAAUAUUUCUAGAUGACAGCACAGUCAGCCAACCUAAUCUUAGAACCACAAUAAAAUGUGUGACCUUAGCAAUAUAUUACCACAUAAAGAACAGAGAUGCAAAUAGAUCCUUGGAUAUUUUUGAUGAGAGAUCACAUCCGCUCACACGAGAAAAGGUGCCGGAGGAAUAUUUUAAGCAUGACCCUGAACACAAAUUUAUUUACAGAUUUGUUCGCACUCUUUUCAGUGCCGCGCAGCUAACAGCUGAAUGUGCAAUAGUGACUCUGGUUUGGGACGAUCAGGCUGUGUGGAAUGUGGACUACUGCCAGAUCCUCAAGGACAUUACAGUUGAGGACAUGAAUGAGAUGGAAAGGCAUUUCUUGGAGCUACUUCAGUUUAAUAUUAAUGUACCUGCUAGUGUUUAUGCCAAAUACUACUUUGACCUUCGCUCCUUAGCCGAUGACAACAACUUGAAUUUUCUCUUUGCUCCUCUUAGCAAAGAACGAGCACAGAACCUAGAGGCCAUUUCCAGAUUGUGUGAAGACAAAUACAAAGACUUAUGCAGAGCUGCUAUCCGAAGGUCUUUCAGUGCCGACAAUUUCAUUGGCAUUCAGCGCUCUAACGCCAUCCUCUCUUAAUGAGCUCCUUUUAUGCAAGGACUGGAGACAUAUCAUCGCUCCUGCUCGAAAACCAGCAAAGAUAGUAUUUUCAUCUAAAGGGAAGACAGCGCAUCUGAGAGACUCCAGGACAGCGAGGACUACGUGUCAUAGGAAGAACGGGACCUUGCCAGUUCAACGCUCUCUCCUGUCCUUUUCAGUGUCAGCAGAGUGACAAAAUCCGCUCGCCACCCACACAGAUAUUCGCUUACUGUGUAGGCCGAUAGCUGUGGAGAGUGCGGUUUUUUAAUUGUUAAAUUUUUAGGCUUUAAAGACACUAAUGAUACAACUUUUAUGUUUAUCCUAUUUUUAUUGUACCCUUUGACCCCACCCCAGAGAUUGCUGCAUAUGCCUUUAAAACUGAUGCAGUAUUACUAUGAAGACACGGGACUCUUCACAACUGAAAAAGCCACGUAGAAAGCCGACUGUAGCAGUGUUAGGUGUGGAAGGCUCUUCUCCUACUGUUUCCUGUAAGCUGCUAGUCACCACUGGCAACCGCCUAAACCAAAGGCUUCAAGGGGCCCACCUUCCAGUCAUUCAGGUCCUUUACACACACCACUUCUUAACAUCUCCGCAUGUUUAGGAUCAUAAACAUGCAAAGUAUUAAUUACUGAUUAUCUCUUUCAUUUGGUUCGGAGCUGCCUUUCUUGUGAACUCUAAUGGUGCUUCUUCUUUCCUGAUCAUUUUACUCAUACCUGUUAAAUUGUUAAAAAAGAUAUUUUCGUAAUUCCAGCCAACAUGGUAUGGUAGUCCAGGUAUAAAAAGCAGGCCAUGAAAUAACGAGGUGUUCUGAAAGUACAUUUUCAAACUUGAAUAAAGUUGGCCUGAGAGCCCCAAGCAGCAGUACCAUCCUUUUACACCAAUAACACUCAGCUUUUACGCUUGUUUGCCACUGCUCUCCCCUCCGCCCAGAGGUAUUCCUGUAAAAGUGCUUUGCUGGUUUGUUUUCCUUGACUCUCAACAGGAACAUGUUUUAAAACAUGGCAGAAAAAAUCAAUAAAUAAAGAUAAAACAUGGCAGAGUGGUGCUUCCCUCAAAUACCUCUUGGAGGGAACAAGCCAUCAGCAAACAUGUAGAGAAGACCCGUGUUAAUUGUAACAGUGCAGUAUAAAUGCCAUCACAUCUUUAAAAUCGUGUUUGAAAGCUUAUGUUUCUUUUGUACUUAUGUGAAUUCUUGGUUUCAGGCCCCUUUGAAACAUGGUAAACAGUAACUGAAACAGAAAAUUAAAAGCUUAAUUUUCAAAAUACCAAAGUACUAACUUGAAAAGAAACUUAAACUUUCAAAUGACGUUUGGUGAGUGCGCAGCAUUUAUUCUGCCCUGGAUGUGGAACACAGCUGCACUGGGCAGGGGAGGAGCCUCAGGCCCCAUAGACGCGCCCCCCCAGCCUGUUUGCAGUGACCGCUUCUGCAGGGCUGUGCACUGUUCAUCGGCUUUGAUAUCGAAAGUUUCUCUUCCUCAGUUGAGUCAAGAAUGAUCAUGAAGAACAGCCUAAUUGACAUGUCAAAAAAGAAACUGUACCUUAACAGUUGUAGAUGCGAUGAAACAGCUUUUUUACUUUAACAUGUGAAACUGUGUUCUUCCCCUGUUACAAAUCUUAGGAACCCUAUCUUCAGGCUUGAAAGGCCAGGGAAUAAGUAAUUUUAGGAAAUCAGGACCAAUUUGUCACCUAAAUUUAAAGUAUUCAAAAACAAUUACUGGGCUCUAUAAAAUCUGUUACUCCUACCUUCUCAAGGGUGCAUCCCAGGACUGUUGCUUGUAUGCAUAGCCGGAAUAUGUUCUUGAUAGUGAAACUUCACAUUACCCUGAGUGCUGCAGGUUCCGGCACUUUGAAAGGACAGAGGCAUAAGUGAUAACGGUGUAUACAAUAUUACAAUCUACCACCUCAACAUUGUCUAUGGAUUUGGAGCUUAGAGUCUCGAUUAUUGACCAACGUUUUAUUUAGAAAGAAUGCUACAACUUUACGUGGUUUUUCUUCUCAUGUUUAUAUCAAAAGAGAAGCUAAUAAAACUCUAUUUUAAUUAAAA